AUGGCUGUUCGAAAACGAGACCCACCCUGCUUGGUCGAAGCUGCUUUCUUCGUGUGUGCCGAGGGAGUUGUCAGACAUCGUCCGCUCCAGUGGUCGUCGCCCCCUUUGACGACAUUGCAGGGAGACUCGGAGGACCGGUAUGCGAAGUUGUUUACCAAGUUGAACGUCACUGAGCUGAACUUCACACCCCGACGGCGGGGCUGGGAAAAGGCCCGGUCGAGGUCACAAGCCAUGCUCGAGCUCACCGCUCAGGUUGGAGCUCCCUGCGGGUGUGGUCGCAUGGGACGGCACGCGCGUCAGCCGGACCCUCACCGCACCGCACCGCACCGCACCGCACUGCACUGUGCCGGCCGUGUAAACUGCAACACUCGUAUAUCGAAUCGAAAGCGUCAUGGACAACAAGGACAAGGAAAACUCGGGGACAAGGAAAACUCGGGGAACAGGAAAUGCAGUCGAGACAUACGGGGUAUAGGCACACCGAAGCGAAAGCGUAGGGCGUCGAUCAUCGUACAGAAGAGCAGGACGGUGACCCGAAGCUCGACCGCGGGGCACCGGAACGUCAGCAAGAAGUAA